CGAAGAGGAAGUAGAGAGUGACGUAUUUCCUGUAGCCCAGGAGUGUUGGCGAUCUCGGAGAAGAAAAGGAUCAAACUUUAACUGACAGUCUUUAGGAUAGGCGCCGUCAACGUGUGGGACUAAAGCCCUGCCGGGAACACAGUGAUAUUAAAGCACCGAUAGAUUGGUUACACUGUUCACGUAAGAGUAGGGAGCUGGACGAGGUGCUUCAGAAGAAACCGUCAUGGCCAAGGUACAAGUGUUAAAUGUUGCUGUGCUGGACAACCCGAGCCCAUUUGGAAAUCCAUUUCAGUUUGAAAUAACGUUUGAAUGCAUGGAGGAUUUACCUGAAGAUCUGGAGUGGAAGAUCAUCUACGUGGGUUCUGCCGAGAGCGAGGAAUACGACCAGGUUCUGGAUUCUGUUCUUGUUGGCCCGGUACCAGCUGGCAGACACAUGUUUGUUUUCCAGGCUGAUGCACCAAACACCGGGUUGAUUCCAGAGAGUGAUGCUGUAGGAGUUACUGUCGUCCUUAUUACCUGCACCUACCGUGGACAGGAGUUCAUCCGCAUUGGUUACUAUGUCAACAAUGAAUACACAGACCCUGAACUACGGGAAAACCCACCCCUCAAACCAGACUACACUCAGCUCCUGAGGAAUAUUCUGGCCUCCAACCCCCGUGUCACUCGCUUCCAUAUCAACUGGGAGGGUUCGUCAGACAAAAUGGAGGACUGCGAGAAUGUCGACCCGUCCCCCAACAUCGGAGGAAUGCUUCCGCCGACCUGUGUACCGGGAAAGAUGCCCCCUCUCGGACUGAUGCCAGACAACUCCAUGGACUGCAUGUAAAAAAUCCUCACGCUGAGAUGAUGGACAAAAGGUUGUUCUUAUGGGUACACUCAUCCACAUUGCAAACACUCUUUUGGACAAGAAAGCCACGGAUGUAUCAAGAACAUUAUUUUUAUACAGCAUACGCAAACGGGAUGAAUCUGGCAUUGUUGUAAACAGUUUUGCCUCCUGUGCGGUCUCUUUCAACACACCCAGGCUAGCACAACCAGCUUUGCCUUAUUUUACUAUAUAUGGUUUUAGACAAAGUCAAAGCUGUCCUCUUGCGCACUGAUGUGGGCAGUGCUCUGUAUGUAGCACUAGCUUUCUAUAAUAAAGCAUUUCAUUGUUUGUAAUUUUUGUCACAUGUAAAUGUGUAGCAUUUUGGAGUAGACGCACCUGUGGACAUCUUUUUUGAAAUGUGGGUUAUGUUCAGCCUGUUGCAUGAACUAGCUUUGUUUACUAUUGGCUAUGGAGCGUACACUGAGUACAGCCUUGUUUUUGAGUUAUAACCUUGAGUUAUCCAGAAGGCCCUUUAAACAGGCCAAGGUGCAGUUAUGGGACCUAAGAUUAAGGUCUAUGGAUGCAUAAAACAUUGAGUUGAAGGAGAAAAGGAUUCUGGAUUGUAGUUAAGGUUAACUGUAAAUAAUGUUUUCUCAGCGCUUACAUGGUCUUCAAGAUGAACAGGCCCAUUUUCUUUUUGUACUUACUGUAUAUUCUCUGCCUCAGCAUUUGUAAAAAUGGGGGUUGUGAUGGGCUUAAUAAACUUGUUUUGUGAAUCUA